AUGGUGGAUAUCGCGAACAAUGAGACCUCACAACCCUUUGAUCUCUUCCUCAACAUUAUUGGCACCAACAAGCUCUUAGACACGACGACCGCUUCGUCGCCACCUCCCCGCCGACCUCAACAAAGAUCACGCUUUGCUUCCGGCGAAUUCCCAAAAAGUUAUGACCUGAAUCAACCGGCCAAAUCCUGGUGGCGCUACUUUCAAAAGCAGACCGAAACCAACACAGCAAUGUGCUAUACUUGUGGAGCGGUGUUUAAUCGAGGUCCCAAGCAAUCGACGACCUCUUUAAGUCAUCAUUUGAAGAUGUACCAUCGAGAACAAUUUAUCUUCAUUCAGCAAGCAAAGGAUGAUGACAUAAAGAUGAACAAGGGAGGAAAGAAAGUGAAACCAAAACCAAAGGUCGAGCCUGAGGAUCUGGAGAGACAACAGGACGAGGAUAAUCAGCAUUGGGGAAAGAAAAAUGGGUUUAACAUAUCCCUGAUCAAGGCUGUCAGAAGUCGCCCGGAAAUAUUCGAUGUGAAAAUGAGAGCCGGCUCGGAUGAGGACUUGGGGACAAUCUGGGAGAGUGUUGCGAAUGAGAUUGGAGAGGGAGUUACAGGUAAGGGUUUGAAGAUAUUGAGCUAGGUCAUCAUGGAUAAUGUAAAAUAGAUUUUAAACUUGGGUUUAUUCAAGUUUUUGUCAAAGUUUCUUUUUGAAAGUUAUUAGCCCUGCUGAUAAGAACAGCACAAAUAUUGUUGCUCAAAACUGUCACUUGAUAAAGGCAAAACUUAUGUCAUCAUGGAGAAUAUUUUUGAACAUUCUAGAAACAUUCAUUUUUUACUGUCAGAAACAGAAUGUUUAUACAAUUUUUGAUCCGACCACUUGCUGAUCAAGUAGUCAUAAUAAUUUACAAUCAAAUUUUUCAAAAAUAUAUUUUGCUAGACGAAAUUACUCAAAUUCUCAUCCUCUGGGACAUAUUCCUCUCCAGACCUAACGCCUUCAGUUUCAGUUGAGUCAGUGAAGAAACGUUGGCUUCAAAUCCGAGAUCGCUACCGAAAAGAGCUUAAAUUUGCAAUCCGCGAUAAUUUUGCCUACGAACCAAAAUGGCCGUAUUUUUGGGAUCUCGGAUUUCUGGACGAACACCUCCGAGAUACCGCGGAGAGAACGAAUGUUGGCGUCAGACCCCCGGAGAAAAGAAAGAGCGAAAAUGGAAAUAACAAUGGUAAAUUGUCAUGAUAAACAUAUUCUAAUUUUUAUAUUACUCUAGGUAAUCACUCUUCUAAUCAUAAUUAUUUUAGAUUUCCAAAAUUUGCUUGACGAAUCGGCCUCAAAUCUCCUGACUAAUAUUUUCUCGGCUUGUGCCCAACAGUCGUCACCAGAUUCCGUCGAUAAUGAGGCCGAAUCCACGGAUUCGGCAAUCGCAUCGACUUCGGAAAAUGAUGCCGAUGAGAAUGAGCAAAAGCCAGCCAAUAUUCUCAAUAUUUCCCAUCUUUUACAUGAGAAAAACGAUGAUCAGGCUCUGCUGGAAGUCCCUUCUAAAAGACCACGGAAAUCGACACCCACCAGAUCGAAGCCGAUCGAUGAUUUGGAGGCGGAUCAUGGCCGUUCUUUUGAUUGGCUGGAGGACGAGGACAUGCUCUUCGGGAAGAUUGUGGCUCUCAGACUUCGAUCAUUGCCUGCUGCGACUAAAAAACAAGUAAGGACCCUAUUCAUGGCAAUAAUAAACAACCUAUAAUCAACAUUUAUAUUAUCCUUGCUUAACUUCUAUUUUCAGAUCAAGAUCUCGAUCGAAAAAAUCUUCGAACGCCAUGAACGCGGACUCAGUUGA